UGUAGUUGCAGAGCGCUGAGUCGCAAGGCGGGGAGUCGCCAACCAUCCCAGUGUUCAGGUAUCUCAUCGACACGCUGUAGUCUUGUCUGGUCCCUUCUCCGUUGUAGUACGACCAGCUCGUGAACGGCAUGAGGCCUCCCAGCAGGUGGGGGAGGGACGAAUUUGGCUUAAUCACUGUAAAUUUUGCAGGUUAUACUAAGCAAUACUGAUGUUGUGAAGACAAUAGUCCGGCAAUGUUCGAAGGAUUAGUUCGUCAGGUGCUUCUGGGUUACCUAGGCCGAUAUGUCAAAGAUAUCCAGAAAGAGCAGCUGAAGAUCACUCUUUGGAAUGAGGAAGUAUUACUGGAGAAUGUGGAGCUGAUACUUGAAGCGUUUGAUUAUCUCCAACUGCCAUUUGCUCUGAAGCAAGGUCGAGUUGGGAGGUUAAGCAUCAAAAUUCCAUGGAAAAAGCUUGGCUGGGAUCCCAUUAUAAUAGUAUUAGAGGAUGUCUUCAUUUCUGCAUCCCAACGAGGGGAUCAAGAGUGGAGCGAGUAUGCUGUUGAAAAGAGAGAGUUUGCAGCGAAAAAGGCCAAACUUGCAGCAGCUGAGUUGGGAAAACUGUCCAGGCGUGUGUGUGGUAGUCAUGCUGGUCAGUCCUUCAUUUCUUACAUCACUGCAAAGAUUCUUGACAGCAUCCAAGUGGCCAUAAGAAACUUCCAUGUUUUAUACAGUGAUACACAGAAUGAUCAAGGAAAUAUUUCGAUUGGUUUAAAGUUUUCCAGUUUGACCAUUACGAAGCAACAACUCCUCACUGGAUUGUCAAGUGGAAGGGGGAGAGUCGGCCAAGUGAAUAAAACUAUAGAGAUUAGAGGACUGGAGUUUUAUUCCAGUAUGUUUCAUGAGACAUUGGACUUGGUGGCUUUGGGCAAUGUGGGGAAUUCCACAUCACAAAGCAAUAUUAAAUCUGAAGGCCAAAGUUACAAGUCUAUAUUGGCACCGUGUGAUGUAACCUUCAUGUUUUCGGCUAACAGAUCUGAAAAGCUUGAUGACAGUGCUCCUCAGUAUUCUGUUACUGCUGAAUUGACUGGUUUGGAUGUCUCUUUAGAUGAGGCUCAGCUACACCAGAUGUUUAUUGUGUGGGAUUAUGUAUGCACUUGUCGAUUAAGAGAACGGUAUGGUCGUUAUCGGCCUUGGCAUAGCCCUUUAUCGAGGAGAAUUCAGGGCUGGCCAUUAUUAUGGUGGCGCUAUGCACAGGAAUCUGUCCUCUCAGAUGUUCGCAAGAAAUUAAAGAAAAACUCAUGGAGAUACCUUGGGGAGCGAUUAAGCUAUCGUCGGAGGUACAUUGACUUAUACAAGACCAAGCUGGAUUUUCUUAGACAAGAACAGCCAGUUGAUGAUGAGGUUCUUCAAGAACUGGAGCAAAUGGAGAAAGAAUCAGAUGUAGAUGACAUUUUGAAUUAUCGGGCUGGUGCAGAAUAUGAGAUGCAGGAAUUCUUUUUGAGGUGUUCUAAACCUGACAUCGGCGUGAAUGGUGUUGAUAUACCUGCAGAAAAGUCUUCCAAUGAUGAACGCAACUCUGGCAAAUCACGGGGAUGGCUGAAUUGGCUAUCUCGAGGUAUGCUUGGUGCUGGAGGAACUGAUGAUUCUAGUCAGUUUUCUGGGAUUGUUUCUGAUGAUGUUAUUAAG